GACUACAGAAGCAUGCAAGCAGUGAAGACGCGGCUGUUUACAAACAAACAUAACUGGAUCUCCUUUUAGCGUCGCUUCACUGGUGAAAGGAAGAGAACAACCAGGAUGGAAAUGGAGAUUUCUCAGCCGUAUUAUGUUGGGGACAUUGGCUGCUGGGCGGAGAGGACUGAGGUGCAUAAGGCAGCGUCUCUCGGCCACGCCUCCCACCUGCAGCACCUCAUAGAGGGCGGAGCUUCGGUCAACAUGGUGGCGGUGGACUCCAUCACGCCGCUGCACGAGGCCUGCCUCCGGGGACAGGCCCGCUGUGUGCAGCUGCUGCUGGAUGCUGGAGCCCAGGUGGAUGCCAGGAACGUGGAUGGAAGCACGCCGCUGUGUGACGCCUGUUCAGCUGGUAGCCUGGAGUGUGUAAAGCUGCUGCUGGAGCGUGGAGCCAUGGCCAACCCGGCCCUCACCUCCCGCACCGCCUCCCCGCUUCAUGAGGCCUGCAUGGGAGGUAACUCGGACUGUGUGAAGCUGCUGAUUGCCAUGGGUGCUUGCCUAGAAGCGUAUGAUCUUUACUACGGAACUCCGCUACAUGUGGCCUGUGUUAAUGCACACACAGAGUGUGUUAAAGUUCUGCUUAAUGCAGGUGCUAAAGUCAAUGCUGCUAGGCUACAUGAGACUCCGCUGCACCACGCAGCUAAACACAUGAGAGUUGAAAUGAUUGAGGUUCUUGUAGAGUUUGGAGCCAACAUCUACGCUAGAGAUCAGCUCAACAGGAAACCGGUGGACUACACCACACCCGGCUCUCCUUCUGAGGCCUGUCUGCAGUUUUAUGAGACCGCCCCCAUGACUCUGCAACAGCUCUGCAGGUUGGCAGUGAGGAGGAAGUUGGGAACAACAGCUCUGAACAUCAUAGCUCAACUUGACAUGCCAAAGCUAAUCAUCAGCUACCUCUGCUAUCAGUGACCGUCACACCUGCUGGGAGAGUGGGCUCCAGCCUGAAAUCAAACUGUUGACUGGGAAGCAAACACACACUGGUAAACAUGGUGCCAAGCAACA